CCGAGGGUGCCGGUGUUCCAGAGGAAGGGAGCCCUCAAACACAAGAGGAUUGUUGAGGUGAAAGACCAUCAGUUCACUGCCCGCUUCUUCAAACAGCCCACCUUCUGCAGCCACUGCACCGACUUUAUCUGAUCCAGCUGCCUGCUGGAGAAGCAGCCUACACCGCAAUGACCCGAUCCGAUCACAUAAUCUCACCUCCGCACUGCAGCCCACUCAGUACAGAGAACACAUGCAGCACGCUAGCAGGCAAACUUAAUUAGCAUACGGAUUUUCUUAGUAUCGGUGCUUUGACCCUGAGUUAAAAUACAGUAGAUACACGGGCAGCGCCACAGAGGAGUCGUUGGGAUCUUAAAGAGGCAGGCCAACACUUUAAUGUCUAGCCUCUAUGAGCACAAAGCACAUAGUACCAAACUAAUUUAUCAUCAUCAUUAAAUAUUUUUAUGAUUUUUGUGGAAUGAUUGUGCUACAUUUCCAUCUCACAUUAAACUGAACAAAAGCUUUUUCAUCUACUGCUCUAAAAUGUGAUGAGCAUCAUCCACUGAUGAUAACCGCUUCAUUGGUUCUUUAAGUGGCCGAUGAAUAAAUAAAUACAGUAAUUUGUUUUUUUUUAAUUUACACUAGAUUAUUAAAAAGGAAUGACCGAAGAAGCUGUUUUAAGGACCAAUUGUUUAUCAGCAAAUCUCAUUAUCUUAUCUUAUAUUAUGGAGCAUCCAAAUGUAGAGGCAAAUGUAAUGAGGCUCUAUUCGUGACAUGCGCGCGCGUGCGUGUGUGUGUGUGUCUGCAUGUGUGUGUGUGUGUGUGUGUCUGUGUGUCUUUGGAGCAACCAGCAAAGCGUGCUCUGCCCAGUGACUCCACACCCCGUGAGCCGUUGUGUGUGUGAAUGGCUGCGUGGCUGUGUGCUCGGACAUAUGGUGGGAGUGUAUGUCGGAUGCGGGCUGUUGCGUGUGCCAGCAGCCUCUGGGAAGCUUUCAGGACAUUCCUCCAACUGGCUGCUCUCUGCCGUGGCGGCAGCACUUAGUUCAGGGUGAGAACUCCUUUAGUUCUCUCAGCAAGUCAUAGCAGCAGCUCUCAGCCUGCGUGUCGAUGCCCACGAGGGGAUCAGUUGAUUAAUAACAGACUAAAGUCAUCAGUGUAGUUCUGAAAUGUGUGGGUCGUUGUUUAUUAAGCCAUUUUCAAGUGAAAAUACUCAUAUGGAUGAGUAUAAACUGAGUGCAGGAGCUGUCGAAUCCACAGAUUUGACUUUGCCCUGUUCAGGUUUAUAGCUGCACUCAGUAAUGUGAAGUGUUUAAGGGAUGCAAGUAAAAAGACACGAUGGCGACAGCUGAAAUGUCUGAAAGCACUAAAGGAGCGUUGUGUUGCCCUGAACGGCACCUUCGGGAUAAACAUGACCUGGAUGAAUGAAAACCUUUACGGACCCCAAACGAGGAUCAUCCAGUGAUGUAUUUCACACAGAUCCGAGCUCUGAUUGGACGAGCCUUCUUCACAGCAGACAGUCUGACAUGUCAUUUAGGAACAGGUGUUACUUACAGCAUUAACGAUGGCUCCAUUAUAUUCAGGCGUCGCAGCCGUGGCAGUGUGACAGUGAGGCAGGAUUAACAAUCCCAGGCUGGUGAAAUGGAUGAAGCCAAAUGGAACACACGCAUUAUUCAUUUUAAUUAUUGACAGCUAUGCUUUUCUUGCUGUGACAUGUCAGCACACCUUCUGUGAAAGCCCGUUAUAAAGGCUCCAGUUUUCAGUUUUUAUUAAAUUUUUUAUUCAUGAUUUGGAAAGAAUACAGUAUUUUUCAUCAUUUAAAUACAGCCAUUCUCAUAUUUCAUAGUGAUGCUUUGAUGCUCUGAUGUGCCGGCCUGGUUGAAAUAAAAGCAUCAUUGUAUUUAUCCUCCACACUGAAUUCUUGGUGUCGCUCGGCCAGCGAGCGACUCAGUGGAUCCUCUUUGAAUCCAUACCUGGUUCUCUAAUGCUCUCUGCUGGCUAAAAGGGAAAAAUGGCCCGAACCUCGGAUACUCCUGGAUCCGAGUCUUCUCCCGAAUGCUGAUCAAGGAUCAGAUCACCCUGUGCCACCCCAUGUUUAAUUAUUGCUCAGCCAGAUGGUGAACUGAUUGUAGAUCAGUGAUUACGGUCGGCGUCCCGCGAACCCCCGGGGCUCCUCCAGUGUGAUUGUAGAGGAGCUUCCAGCUCGUCUGCGUUUCCAAACCUCCCAAUCAAACCCUGAUUCUCAGCAGGCGAGCUGCUGAGUGGACUCUUAAGUCAAUCAAUGGCUUUAAUUAUUCAAUUGAAGCUCUAAGGAGACGGGAAACUAGCUAACGCCACCGUUUCACACAGAGGAGGAUUGUGUUGCUGUGUGUGUGACAAUCACUGACACUGCUCCUCUUGACCUAGUCAGCGUUCGCACACUGGUUUUGUUUGUCAUCGUGCUCCUGGAUGUGUGUGUUGGUGUGAAUGCAGAGAGGCGCAACGUUUCACCUUCAACGCAAGCAGAGCCCGUGCUGUGUCUUAACACAUGUGCCUUUCUCACUCAGGGGCAUCGGCAAGCAGGGAUUCCAGUGCCAAGUUUGCAGUUUUGUGGUCCACAAGCGAUGCCACGAGUUUGUGACCUUCACGUGUCCCGGCUCUGUGACGGCGCCCCGACCAGAUGACCUGAAGAGUCAUCACACAUUUAAGGUCCACACAUACUCCAGUCCCACCUUCUGCGACCACUGCGGCUCGCUGCUGUACGGCCUCAUACACCAGGGCAUGAGAUGCACCUCUUGUGAUAUGAACGUGCACCGGCGGUGUGAGACCAGUGUUCCCAGUCUGUGUGGUCAGGAUCACACAGAGAAGAGAGGAAGGAUUCAUCUGACGGUCAGAGGAGAGAAGGAGGACGUCUACGUCACGGUGCGGGAGGCUCGGAACCUGAUGCCCAUGGAUCCUAACGGACUGUCAGAUCCGUAUGUUAAACUUAAACUGAUCCCGGACCCGAAGAGCCACAGCAAACAGAAGACUAAGACCAUCCGCUCCACGCUCAACCCCGUGUGGAAUGAGAGCUUCACUUUCUCGGUGCGCGGCCACCAGUGGGACCGGCGUCUGUCCGUGGAGGUGUGGGACUGGGACCGCACGUCGCGGAACGACUUCAUGGGCGCGCUGUCGUUCGGGGUGAGCGAGAUCUUCAGGCGGCCCAUCAGCGGCUGGUUCAAGCUGCUGGCGCAGGACGAGGGCGAGUACUACAACAUCCCGGUCCCGGACCCGGACCUGCAGGAGCCGCAGCCAGACGCCACGGCGCCCUCUCUGCCCCAGGCCGUCCCGGCCCCUCUGUCCGACCCCUUCCCCGUGACCCUGUCCCCGACCCCCGUCCUGUCCUGCCCGCCGGUCCACUGCCCGCUCCCGGGCAAGGUCAAAGUGGGCAUGCUGGAUUUCAACUUCCUCAUGGUGCUGGGAAAAGGCAGCUUUGGGAAGGUGCUGCUGGCCGAGGAGCGGGGCAGUGAGCGACUGUUCGCCGUGAAGGUGCUGAAGAAGGACGUUCUCUUCCAGGACGAAGACACGGAGAGCGCCCUGGUGGAGCGGAGGGUCCUGGCGCUGCCCUCCCGCCCCCACUUCCUCACGUCGCUCUACUGCGCCUUCCAGACCGAGGAUCGCCUGUAUUAUGUGAUGGAGUACGUCAACGGCGGCGACCUGAUGUUUCACAUUCAGAUAGUUGGCAAGUUCAAGGAGCCUCACGCAGCGUUUUAUGCUGCGGAGAUAGCGGUCGGCCUCUUCUUCCUCCACAGCAAAGGCAUCAUCUACAGGGACCUGAAGCUGGAUAACGUUCUGCUCGACAGCGAGGGCCACAUAAAGAUAGCCGACUUUGGGAUGUGCAGGGAGGGCAUGUUCGAGGGCGACUCCACGCGCACCUUCUGCGGUACCCCUGACUACAUCGCACCCGAGAUUGUGGCCUAUCAGCCCUAUAACAAAGCUGUGGACUGGUGGUCGUAUGGCGUGCUGCUGUAUGAGAUGCUGGCAGGACAGCCGCCGUUCGACGGUAUCGACGAGGAGGAGCUGUUUCAGUCCAUCAUGGAGCAGAGCGUCCUAUACCCCAAAAGUCUCUCCCGGGAAGCUGUCGCUAUCUGCAAGGGACUGCUAACAAAGCACCCGGCCAAGCGCCUGGGUGGAGGAGAGGAUGGAGAGAGGGAGAUCAGGGAGCAUCCGUUCUUCCGCUGGAUCGACUGGGACCGACUGGAGAGACUUGAGAUCCAGCCGCCCUUCAAACCCAGAACUGGUGGGAAAAAGGGGGAAAACUUCGACCAGUUCUUCACGGCCGCCCCGUCGGCGCUGACGCCCUCCGACCCCGACGUCCUGGCGGCCAUCAACCAGGAGGACUUUGAGGGGUUUUCUUUCCUCAACCCGGACUUUGCCCCUUCGCCGCUCACCGCUGUCUGAAAUGGCUCCUGCACAGCGACCCGGCCCGUUCUCGCCUAAUAGUAGUUCUGUAACAGAGAGCGGAGCCGUAAGUAUUAGAGGCACGUCUCACGACCAAAACCCGACGUUUACAUCCAGAUGCCACGACACCUCUGUAGUCUCCGCCCGACGCAUUUUAACCGACUAGUCACCGGAUGUGUUGCAAACGACACCAGUUUUAUAUCUCUUCACGUGAUGUAAGAGACCUGUAGUACAGACCUUUUUGCAUGCUGUGCUUAGGAUUGUUUUCUGUAGACGAUCUAAGAAUUUAACAAAUUCAUUAAAAAUGUUUUGCAUUACUUUAAUUAAACUAUUUUGUGUUGUGCAAAGUUAUAUUUACAGCAUAUUCCCCAAACCAGGGUGGAACUUGUGAUCAUUAGGCCAGUUCUGCAGCAUGAACGAGUCUAUGAUGCGUUUCUCUCCAUCUGUGUGUGUGACACCAUUUAAACUGGGCCCAUCAAACCCGCGCGCCGUGGGGCAGCUGCGUCCGGCUCCUCCGGCCUGGCUCCUGAACGCAGCACCACCUCGGACAACCCGCUGCAGCGGUGGUGCAGUAUCCUCUCCUCACAUGUCGGUUGUGUUUCUGUUGUGAUUCUUGCACCGGAGCCGAAGUCAGGUCCUGGAAACCACACGCUCUAGAACGUCUGUUGCAGAUUGUAGAAAACACGCCUUGUACUGUUGUUUUUCUGCAGCUCACACAAGAGGUUUGUCGUUUUGUCCAGGUACAGAUACUUUGUCGUUUGCGUGGAGCGUGAAGCCAUAAAGCUUUUUGCUGUGUAAAGAUGUACUCACAGCAUUGAUUUGGGUGUAAUUAAAAGAGAGGCGCGCUGGGACUGUUCAAUAGAUGGAAAACUAAUAGCAGCACUGUUAAUAAACACUAUCUGAGCGGAGCAGGUGCCUGCGAACAUACAUUUUAAUAAUCUAAUUUCAGUGCUCUUAUCGCACUAAACAGCUGCUCAUGUGUCACAGAAAUCAUUUUAAUUUGCCCUCAAGCAUUUUCCUGUUCUUCUUUCUGCAUGAUCAUGAUGGUAGUCAUAUCUUUUUGUCACCCACAGGAUCAUCACUACGUCUUUGUUUUCUAAUGCAGGUGUGUGUUUGCCUUUUAUUGUGGUCAACUAUGAAAGGUCGGAGUCAGCCUGAUAAUUUUAGCUCAGCUUGACUUAAGGGCAAAUGCCAAUAAACCCUAUACUCCAGUAAACUAACCACAAUAAGAUAAUCUAGUCGAUGAUAUUUAACAAUAGAUGAAUGAUGUGUCUGUUAGUUUAGCUCACGUUUGUUUUUAUGUGCCGGGAAAACAUUGAAAUAAACUGAAGCGAUCGUGACACAA